AUGUCACUUCAGAUAAAUCUCUCUUCAGAUAUUGUUGAGCCGUCCAAUUUGUUCGCACCUCCCACUCAUGCUGUUCUCUCAGCAAGAUCACGUUGUGUUUAUGUGGCUAAUCCAUUGACUGCUCAUUCUCUACUGGGUAUCGAUUGUGAAGUGCCCAGCGUUUCAUUCAACGGUCACGUAGAUUGCUUACGUCUUAGCUCAGAUGAAAGAAAUAUUGCAAUUGGUUCAAAUGACCUUAUUAAACUUAUUGACUUAACGAGAGGCCGUGAGAUACGAAAUCUCUCUGGACAUUCAUUAGCAGUGCGAGCAAUUGCACCUCGAUGGAGUAGUGUAUACUCAUGGGUAUCUGGUUCCCUUGACUCCUCUUGGAUAAUCUGGGAUAGUCGCUCACAUCCGGCCAAUAUCUUGCAAGGUAGAACAACGGGACCUGUGCGAUGCGUAGAGUUAAGCCCUGAUGACGUUAUUCUUGGAGUAGGGACUGACUCCACUUUGCAGCUGUUUGAUAUCCGACAAAGAUGCAGCCUAAAACAAUUUUCUUCGUCUACUCACGGCGCUGUAUUUCACCCUUCGCAACGUAUGGUAGCCACAUACGGAGCUGAUCGAGUGAUUCGAUACUGGUGUUUAGAUGAAUUCGUCUCCAUUGCCAUGUCCGACGUGUUCCCCUCGGAGAUUCGUUGCGCUCGAUUUAUGACUUGCGAAGGAAUUGAUCCACUACUGGUUGCGUCAACCGAUGAACUCAUGAAAACUCUCACUUCUGAACCAUGUGAAACUUUAGCUGUCAAUGGCAUUGGAGAAUCGAAAAAGGUACUCAAUAUGCACGUAACUGCGGAUGGAGUUGGAUUGUUAUGCACAAGUCCUAAUGCCGGAGUUUCUUACAACGUGUAUUCUAUGGAGGUGUGUGGUCAAUAUGGAUAA